AUGGCGUGUCCAUCGAGUGACAAAGAAGCUGUGGAUCGUCAAGAUAUCACCGAGGUGUUCCUGUUGGGUUGCAAGGAGAUCGGACCGGGAUGCCUCGCUGCGGCUACAAAUUUUUCGCUGUCCGAAGCCAUGUCGGCCAUCGAAUUGAUGGAUCCAAAGAUGGACGUCGGUCUGCAGAGAAAUCAGAAAGCCGCUGGGUUGGAAACAUGCCGAGAAAAAGGGGUCUUCUCAAUGGCCGGCGAUGAAAUACUUGCCACAAUGGACGCAACAAUGGCCGUUUUCGUGUCGUGGCUCGAGGGAAAUUCUAUCGGGCAAUCGUUGCUCACCAACGUCUUGCUGACCGAGCCGAACGCGGUUGAUGCGCCGAUAUUGGGUAUUUUCGGGCAUGCCUUUUCCCAUAUCGCGCAAUAUGUGGUGACCAUUCUGAAGACGGCCGCGGUUUCGGAAGAAGAAGACUUCAAUUUCUCGAUCCCCUAUCUCCCGUUGACUGAUCGUGUCCAUCGGGAUGUUAUUGAGGAGCUGCAGUCGGCCGAGGCGCAUCUGAACAAGGAGGGGACCGCGAUCUCCAAGGCCAUUGCUGCUCGUUUUGGAUGGUUGCGCACUUUCAUGCAGGCUAUCCUGGUGUUGACUCCGGCGCUCAGUGGGGUCGCCAACAAGCUCGUGCAAAAUUACCCGCCUGAUAUGUCCAACUUUCGGCCGCAACUCCGGAAGAGCAUCGACAUUUUACGUGCCUGCCACGACUAUUCGCGAGCAAUGGUUGAUACUUGGACGCUCGGAAAGCAGGCAUCCGACGGCAUUGAUGGCGAUUUCGGCUGGUUGCCCGCGUUUGAGCCCGAUUUCAACCGAAAACACUUGCCGCCCACUUUUCCUCGAAAAUCUGUAAUCCAGCCCCGCAGCACCUCGCUAGCAUAUUUGGUCGAUCUCAGUGAAAGUCUACUCCGAAUCCCGCUCGAAUUACCGGAAUCGCUCAACGAUUCCGGGAAUCUACUGGAAUAUUUUCGUCUUUACGGCGAGCAUCGAUGCAGCACCGUUUUCACACGAUCUUUCCUACAAAUGGUCAUUUUCCCAUUUGAUGAUCAUGUCCUUGGCGAGGUCGUGCUUGCCGACAUCUUCACAGAUACGGUUAUCGAUUGUGUCGUCCCCGCUGUCUUGGAUAACACUACUGCCGCCUAUCACGAUGCCGAGGCGCGAGAGGCCUGGGAGGAAUUCGUGCAAGAAUACACAAAAUCUAUGCUCAACCUCGUGCAAUAUUACGGGAACAACUUGACGCGGCUUCGCGAAAAGCUUGUCAAUGCGCUUGAAGACAUGCGCAUGCUUCUCGACGCCGCCCUAAAAGUCGACAUCCAAUCGGUGCGGGCGAUGCGGGAAAAUGAGACCGGAAACGCGGAACGCAACGAAUUGACGCGCCGCGAAUCGUCCGCCUUCUACACGUACAUUCUGAACGAAACGGCUCGCCUCAUCGCCCAUCACUUUGAACUCUCUUUUCGAUUGGAUCUCGUGGCGCCCUACGAAUACACCUAUAUGUAUUGGUAUCUUGGCGAGGUGGUGAAGCGGAGUCUGUGUUCGGGCCUCGACCGCGCCUACACCUUCAUUCUGCACAAUUUCAAACUUUCAACGAGCUCCUCGAAUAAGAAGGCCGUGCAGAAACAGGCGAAGAAAGAGGAGAAGCUGAGAAGACGGCUCGCCCUCUACCAGGAAGAAGGGAAGCUGCUCACUGCCGAGAUGGCAAUGUGUGAUGGCAUGUUCCGGGCGGCUAUUGGGCUCUCGCUUCUCAAGAAAUUUAUGAUCCCUCGGUGGAACGACCGAUCGGAAGAGCAUCGCUAUUUACAUCGGAUGGCCCCGUUCUUCCUGCUCCAUCAACCAUUCGCCGUCUCCUACGCUGAAUAUAAGCAGCGCAGCUUAUACGAUUCACUCGCCUCUGCUGGCCCAUCGCAACUUUUCUCGGAUGCGGCCGAAGCUUUCGAGAUGGGGCGCAUCGAAUUGGAGAAAUAUGUGCUCCCCACGAAGAGUGGAUACGCUCACGCCUUGCUACGGGUAUGCAAGAACAACGCGGUCGUCUUACGCAUCUUGGCGGCCGGGAAAAUGGUGGAAAAGAGGAUUCACUUCAACUUUGUGGAUUCGCCCGUCUACCCGGUGCUUCGAUUGAUU